GCUCCGACUGGAGAUUGAGUCGACUCUUGAAUACUUUGUGCCUCUGAAUACUGCUUCAGUUUUCGAUAUUUUUGGAAAACAGUGUUGUCUGCGUUUACAAAUACCCCUCUUUUGUUUUCAAAACGAAUUUUCAUCAAGCACAGCGACGGGCCUUUAUCCCCCAAAACAGCCAGCUGCCAACAUUUCGAAUCAAUCAACAAUUUCCAAAUGGUUUAAGCAGACUUUUCGCUCUCUUUUUGUCUUCAUGAACAAUGUGUGAAAACUGCGCGGAGCUGGUGGAGGUUUUGAAUGAAAUCUCUGAUGCAGACAGUGCAGAUGGGCUUCAGUUGAAGAAGGAACAUGCCUUAAGAGUCUUCAGCUACAUCAGCUCAUGGACACAACGGCAAUGUCUGUGUUGCUUCAAAGAGUACAAGCACCUUGAGGUCUUCAACCAGCUUGUCUAUGCCCUCAUAAACCUGGUCAUUGCGCAGGUAACCAGCCUUAAGGACCGACUCUGCAGUGGCCAUGGCAACAGUGGGACUGAGGGGGCGGAGACAGAGUGGGGUGGAGCCAACCCUCACUCGUCUUCACCCAAUGAAGACGAGCCUCUGAACGUGGAGAGGGACUCGGAUCAGAACCAGAACCGGAAACAGAAACAGGACGCUAAGCAGGAUGUGCAGUCCAGGGUCGGGGACGGCUCGUCCGGAGAAGGCGGAUCCGAGAGCCAAGAUCCGUUCGCGUCCUGGAGCACGGAAGAUCGGGAGAAGCUGCUGCUCUGUGCUGCCAAGAUUUUCCAGAUCCAGUUUCCACUGUAUACCGCCUAUAAACACAACACUCACCCCACUAUAGAGGACAUCUCGGCCCAAGAGAGCAAUAUCCUCGGAUCAUUCUGCGACAUGAACGAUGUGGAGGUUCCGCUGCACUUGCUGCGCUACGUGUGCCUGUUCUGCGGGAAGCACGGGCUGUCUCUCAUGAAGGACUGUUUCGAGUCGGGCACGCCGGACUCCCUCCCCUUCCCCAUCGCUCAUGCCUUCAUCACCAUCGUCUCCAACAUAAGAAUAUGGUUGCACAUUCCGGCUGUCAUGCAGCACAUCAUACCGUUCCGUACACACGUCAUUAGGUAUUUAUGUAAGUUGUCGGAUCAGGAGCUGAGGCAGAGUGCUGCGAGGAACAUGGCAGAUCUGAUGUGGAGUACAGUGAAGGAGCCUUUAGACAGUGCUCUGUGUUUUGAUAAGGAAAGCCUGGACCUUGCCUUCAAAUACUUCAUGUCCCCCACACUCACUAUGAGACUGGCCGGCCUCAGCCAGAUCACGAAUCAACUUCACACCUUUAAUGAUGUCUGUAAUAACGAGUCGCUGGUGUCUGACACAGAAACCUCAAUAGCAAAGGAGCUCGCCGACUGGCUGAUCAACAACAAUGUAGUGGAGCAUAUUUUUGGACCUAAUUUGCACAUUGAGAUCAUUAAGCAGUGCCAAGUGAUCCUGAACUUUCUAGCAGCAGAGGGCAGGUUAAGCACACAGCAUGUGGACUGCAUCUGGGCUGCAGCGCAGCUGAAGCACUGCAGUAGGUACAUCCAUGACCUGUUCCCCUCUCUGAUAAAAAACCUGGAACCCGGACCCCUCAGACACGUCCUCAAUCUGGUGUCUGGACUGCACCCCAGUGCUCACACUGAGCAGACUCUGUACCUGGCCUCCAUGCUGAUCAAGGCUCUGUGGAAUAAUGCUUUAGCUGCCAAAGCCCAGCUCUCCAAACCCAGCUCCUUUGCCUCUCUCCUCAGCAACAACAUUCCCAUAUGCAACAAGAAAGGUCUGUGUCUGAAGGCGCAUCCCUGGAUUUUCCUGGAAUACAGUUCCCCGGCGGCGAGCCCUGAGAGCAGCGACAACAGUGACACGCAUCACAGCGCCGGCAGUGACAUCGAGAUGGACGAACCAAUCAUGAGCGGUGCAAAGCGAGGCCAGCAGAGACUCUCUGACACAGAGGAGUCGAUGCAGGGUAGUUCUGACGAGACGGCUAACAGCGGCGAGGAGGGCAGCAGCGGGCCGGGGAGCAGCAGUGGCCGUAGCGAAGCGUCCAGUAACGAGGCGGGCUCCAGUCGAGCCAGCCAAUCGGCCGGCAGCCCUGGCAGUGAGCUUCACUCCGACGACAUGGCCGACAGCGAGGCCCUGAAGGAGGAGGAAGAAGAGGAGGAGGAGGAAGAAGAGGAGGACGACGAGGACGAAGACGAGGACGAUGAAGACGACGAGGAGGAAGAUCGCGACAGACCGGCUUUGGCGACGGAGGGCAGCCCUCAGAAGGAAUCGCGGGAACCCCGAGAUGCUGCGUCGUCGUCGUCGACGUCGUCCGAACUGCGGAAGAGGAAAGCGGCCGAGCCUCUCGGAGAGGUACAGGGGCCUCCGGAAAGACCCGGAAUGUCUACGCCCAACGUGUCUGGACCCUCAACUGGGCCGGGCCUUCCUAAACCCAAAACCCCCUUCACGCAAGACACCCCGAUGGUUACAGCCUCUUCGUCUUCUGUGAGAAUGUUGGAUGCAUGUUCGCUGACGUCUGUGGAGCGAAACGAACAGACCACGCAGCAGCAGGGUCCCCAAGGACCCGAAAUGGGUCCCCACUUGACCCCAGGUCCCCAGGAAUCUCCUUGCCUGCCCCGGCCCGGAGACUUCCUCAGCGAAGCCAUCGGCACCGAACUGUUCAACUGCCGACGAUUCAUCAACCCCCAGCAUCAUCAUCACCAUCACCACCACCAUCAUCAUCAUCACCAUCACCACGAUGGUCCCAUGGUGGAGGACAUGCUGAGCGCGGACGACGUGAGCUGCAGCAGUUCUCAGGUCAGCGCCAAGUCGGAGAAGAACAUGGCUGAUUUUGACGGAGAGGAGUCAGGCUGCGAGGAGGAGCUGGUCCAGAUUAACUCCCACGCUGAGCUCAGCUCCCACCUGCAGCAGCACCUCCCCAACCUGGCCUCCAUCUACCACGAACACCUCGUCCAAGGUCCAGCGGUGCAUAAGCAUCAGUACUCUGGUCAUGCUUUGACUGACAUUAACCUGGACAACGUGUGUAAGAAAGGAAACACACUGCUGUGGGACUUGGUUCAGGACGAGGACGCGAUCCACCUGUCGGAGGGCCUGAUUAACGAGGCGGAGAAGCUGCUGUGUUCUCUGGUGUGCUGGUUCACAGACAGACAGAUCCGAAUGCGCUUCAUCGAGGGCUGUCUGGAAAACCUGGCUCAUCACCGGUCGGUGGUGGUGUCCCUGCGCCUGCUGCCUAAACUCUUCGGAACCUUCCAGCAGUUUGGCUCCAGCUAUGACACGCACUGGAUCACGAUGUGGGCAGAGAAGGAGCUGCACAUGAUGAAGCUUUUCUUUGAGGACCUUUUGCACUAUAUACAGGAAGUGAGAGAACAGCGCCACAAAUUCACUCUGUACAGUCACAGCGCAGAAGUGCAGGUGCGUCUCCAGUUUCUCACCUGCGUGUUUUCCACGCUGGGCUCCCCGGACCACUUCCGGCUGAGUCUAGAGCAGGUGGAUAUCUUAUGGCACUGCCUGGUGGAGGACUCAGAGUGCUAUGACGACGCCCUGCACUGGUUCCUUAACCAGGUUCGCAGUAAGGACCAGCAUGCCAUGGGCAUGGAGACAUACAAACACCUCUUCCUGGAGAAGAUGCCGCAAUUAAAGCCAGAGACCAUCAGUAUGACUGGACUGAAUCUGUUCCAGCAUCUGUGUAACUUGGCUCGUCUGGCCACCAGUGCCUACGACAGCGGCUCCAACUGCGAGCUGUGCGGUAUGGACCAGUUGUGGGGCAUUGCUCUGAGAGCCCAGUCUGCCGACAUCAGCCGCGCCGCCAUCCAGUAUAUCAACUCUUACUACAUCAACGGUAAGACGGGUCUGGAGAAAGAGCAGGAGUUUAUCAGUAAGUGCAUGGAGAGUCUGCUAAUGGCCUCAGCCAACCUGGAGAAGGACCCUCACUCGAGCCUGACGGUCAUCGAGAGAGGACUGCUCAUGCUCAAAACACACCUGGAAGCCUUCCGACGCAGGUUUGCAUACCACCUGAGGCAGUGGCAGAUAGAAGGCACUGGGAUCAGUAGCCACCUUAAAGCACUGAGUGACAAACAGUCUCUUCCACUACGCAUCGUCUGCCAACCUGCCGGCCUGCCCGACAAGAUGACGAUAGAGAUGUACCCGAGCGAUCAGGUGGCCGACCUCAGGGCAGAGGUCACUCACUGGUAUGAGAACCUGCAGAAGGAGCAGAUGACCCAGCAGGCUCAGCUGCAGGAGUUCGGUCAGAGCAGCCGACAAACCGACUUCCCAGGUGGGCUGAUGGGUCCUGUGAGAAUGAUCUCGUCCGGUCACGAGUUGACCACUGAUUACGACGAGAAAACUCUACACGAGUUGGGAUUUAAGGACAUGCAGAUGGUGUUUGUGUCUCUGGGAGCCCCUCGACGGGAGCGUAAAGGGGAGGGGGUGCAGUUGCCAGCGUCCUGUCUGCCCCCCCCUCAGAAAGAGCACAUCCCCAUGCUACUGCUGCUCCAGGAACCCCACCUCACCACCCUGUUCGACCUGCUGGAAAUGCUGGCCUGUUUCAAACCCCCCAGUCCAGACACCACACUACACAGCACCGAGAGCGUACGGUGCGAGGAGCUCCACCUUCAUGCUGAGAAUCUGUCUCGGCGCGUGUGGGAGUUGCUCAUGCUCCUGCCUACAUGUCCCAACAUGCUCUUGGCCUUCCAGAACAUCUCCGAUGACACGGGCUCUGAUGGGCUGUGUUGGAAAGAUCUGUUGAGGAUUAAGAGUCCACAUAAGCUGCUGUAUGCUCUGGAGAUCAUCGAGGCUCUCGGCAAACCCAACCGCCGCAUCCACCGAGAGUCCACGGGUAGUUACAGUGACCUGUACCCAGACUCAGAUGACUCCAGUGAAGACCAGAUAGAGAACAGUAAGAACUCCUGGAGCUGCAAGUUUGUUGCCUCGGGGGGAUUACAGCUGCUGCUGGAAAUAUUUAAUUCUGCUAUUUUGGAACCCAAAGAACAGGAGUCCUGGACCGUGUGGUUGCUGGACUGCUUGGCGUGUUUGUUGAAGCUGAUAUGUCAGUUUGCGGUGGAUCCGGCCGAUUUGGACCUGGCCUACCACGACGUCUUUGCCUGGUCGGGUCUUACGGACACCCAGCGCAAGCGGGCGUGGCCCGGAAAGUCCCGGAAAGCCGCGGGGGAACACGGGAAGGGCCUUCACAUACCUCGGCUAACAGAGGUUUUUCUGAGUCUGGUACAAGGGACUAACCUUAUUCAACGCCUGAUCAAUGUGGCAUACACCUACGACAACUUGGCACCCAGGGUAUUAAAGGCCCAAUCAGAUCACAGAUCUCGCCAUGAAGUGACUCAUUACUCCAUGUGGUUAUUGGUGAGCUGGGCUCAUUGCUGCUCUAUGGUGAAGUCCAGUCUGGCCGACAGUGAACAUCUACACGACUGGCUCAAGAAACUCACCCUCCUCAUCCCGGAGGCUGCCGUAAGACACGAGGCGUGUAAUGGUUUGUAUAAAUUGUCUCUGUCGGGGUUGGAGGGAGGAGAGUCCAUUAACAGAUCAUUCCUGUUACUCGCUGCUUCAACACUGCUGAAGUUCCUUCCCGACGCUCAGGCUCUCAAACCGCUCAGAGUGGAGGACUACGAGGAGGAGCCGCUGCUAAGGACAGGCUGUAAGGAGUAUUUCUGGCUGCUGUGUAAACUCAUCGAUAACAUCCACGUCAAAGACGCCAGUCAGACCACUCUGCUGGACCUGGAUGCUUUAGCCAGACACCUGGCGGACUGCAUCCGCAGUCGUGAGAUCCUGGAUCAGCAGGACGGGACGAUAGAGGACGACGGGCUGACAGGCCUGCUGCGUCUGGCCACCAGCGUCCUCAAACACAAGCCGCCCUUCAAGUUCUCCCGCGAGGGCCAGGAGUUCUUACGGGACACGCACGACCUGCUCUUCCUCCUGCCCAGCCUGAAGGACCGCCAGCAGCCCAAAUGCAAGUCCCACUCGGCCCGGGCCGCCGCCUACGACCUGCUGGUGGAGAUGGUCAAAGGCUCCGUGGAGAACUACAGGCUCCUCCACAGCUGGAUCAUGUCCCAGCACACGCAGGCCUCCCACGCGCCGUAUAAAUGGGAUUACUGGCCCCACGACGACGUGCGUGCUGAGUGUCGUUUCGUGGGCCUGACUAACCUGGGAGCCACCUGUUACCUGGCCUCCACCAUCCAACAGCUCUACAUGAUCCCAGAGGCCAGACAGGCUGUGUUCACUGCCAAGUACUCUGAGGAGAUCAAACAUAAGACCACACUGUUGGAGCUACAAAAGAUGUUUACCUAUCUUAUGGAGAGUGAGCGUAAAGCGUACAAUCCCCGGCCGUUCUGUAAGACCUACACUAUGGACAAACAGCCGCUCAACACGGGAGAGCAGAAAGACAUGACCGAGUUCUUCACCGACCUUAUCACAAAGAUCGAGGAGAUGUCUCAGGAUCUUAAAAACACAGUCAAGACGUUAUUCGGAGGAGUCAUUACCAACAACGUUGUCUCGCUGGACUGUGAUCAUGUGAGUCAGACGGCCGAGGAGUUCUACACAGUCAGGUGUCAAGUCGCUGACAUGAAGAAUAUCUAUGAAUCGUUGGAUGAGGUGACCAUCAAAGACACUCUGGAGGGGGAUAACAUGUACACGUGCUCUCAGUGUGGGAAGAAAGUGCGGGCGGAGAAAAGGGCGUGUUUUAAGAAGCUGCCGCGGAUCCUGAGUUUCAACACUAUGCGUUACACCUUUAACAUGGUGACCAUGAUGAAGGAGAAAGUGAACACACACUUCUCUUUCCCUCUCCGUCUGGACAUGACCUCGUACACCGAAGAUUUCCUCAUGGGCAAGGGAGACAGAAAAGAAGGUUUCCGUGACGACAGCGAGGCGAAGGUGGCGGAGAGCUACGAGUACGACCUGAUCGGCGUGACGGUGCACACGGGCACGGCGGACGGAGGCCACUACUACAGCUUCAUCAGAGACAUAGUCAACCCUCACGCCUACAAAAACAACAAAUGGUACUUGUUCAAUGAUGCCGAGGUGAAGCCCUUUGACUCCGCCCAGCUCGCCUCAGAGUGCUUCGGUGGAGAGAUGACGACUAAAACCUAUGAUUCGGUGACCGACAAGUUCAUGGACUUCUCUUUUGAAAAGACCCAUAGUGCCUACAUGUUGUUUUAUAAGCGAGUGGAACCAGAGGAAGAAAACGGGAAGGAUUUUAACUUUGAUGUCUCUCCUGAUCUGCUGGAGUGGAUCUGGCACGACAACAUGCAGUUUCUCCAGGACAAAAACAUCUUUGAACACACUUACUUUGGGUUUAUGUGGCAGCUGUGUAGCAGUAUACCGAGCACUUUACCUGACCCUAAAGCCAUCUCACUGAUGACUGCAAAGCUCAGCACCUCCUUUGUCUUGGAGACCUUCAUUCACUCCAAGGAAAAGCCGACGAUGCUGCAGUGGAUCGAGCUUCUGACCAAACAGUUCAACAACAGUCAGGCAGCUUGUGAGUGGUUUUUGGAUCGGAUGGCUGAUGAUAACUGGUGGCCAAUGCAGAUUCUCAUUAAGUGUCCCAAUCAGAUUGUACGACAGAUGUUCCAGAGGCUGUGUAUCCAUGUCAUUCAGAGACUGCGGCCGGUACACGCUCACCUGUACCUCCAGCCUGGCAUGGAGGAUGGCUCAGACGACAUGGACGGGCCGGUGGAGGACAUCGGGAGCCGCUCCUGCGUGACGCGAUUCGUCAAAACCCUCCUGUCAAUCAUGGAGCACGGCGUCAAGCCUCACAGCAAACACCUUACGGAGUAUUUUGCCUUCCUCUACGAGUUUGCCAAAAUGGGUGAAGAGGAGAGCCAGUUCCUCUUGUCACUACAAGCCAUCUCUAUAAUGGUGCAUUUCUAUAUGGGCACAAAAGGACCUGAAAACCCACAGGUGGAGGUGCUGUCUGAAGAGGAGGGGGAAGAGGAGGACGAAGAGGAGGAUAUUCUGUCUCUGGCGGAGGAGAAGUACCGCCCUGCCGCCCUGGAGAAGAUGAUCGCUCUCAUCGCCCUCCUGGUGGAGCAGUCUCGUUCAGAGAGGCACCUGACCCUGUCUCAGAGUGACAUGGCAGCGCUGACAGGGGGGAAAGGUUUUCCCUUUCUGUUCCAGCACAUCAGAGACGGCAUCAACAUCAGACAGACCUGCAACCUCAUCUUCAGCCUGUGCAGAUAUAACAACCGCCUCGCAGAACACAUUGUCUCGAUGCUCUUCACGUCUAUUGCGAAGCUCACACCUGAGGCAGCGAAUCCUUUCUUUAAGUUGUUGACCAUGCUGAUGGAGUUUGCCGCCGGUCCUCCAGGCAUGCCCUCAUUUGCCACCUACAUCCUACAGAGGAUCUGGGAGGUAAUUGAGUAUAACCCCUCUCAGUGUUUGGACUGGCUCGCGGUUCAGACUCCGCGGAAUAAGUUAGCACACAGCUGGGUCCUGCAGAACAUGGAGAACUGGGUGGAGCGCUUUCUACUGGCUCAUAACUACCCCCGAGUCCGCACCUCGGCGGCGUAUCUACUGGUUUCCCUCAUACCCAGUAACUCAUUCCGCCAGAUGUUCCGCUCCACUCGCUCUCUGCACAUCCCCACGCGGGAUCUUCCUCUGAGUCCGGACACCACGGUGGUUCUGCACCAGGUCUAUAACCUGCUCCUGGGCCUUCUGGGCCGGGCCAAGCUCUACGUGGACGUGGCCGUCCACGGAACCACCAAACUGGUCCAGUACUUCAGCUUCAUGACCUACUGUCUCAUCUCAAAGACCGAGAAACUCAUGUUCUCGGCUUACUUCAUGGACCUGUGGAACCUCUUCCAGCCUAAAUUGUCCGAACCAGCAAUCGCCACCAACCACAACAAGCAGGCUCUGCUGUCCUUCUGGUACAACGUGUGCGUCGACUGCAGCGAGAACGUGCGUCUGAUCGUCCAGAACCCCGUGGUCACCAAAAACAUCGCCUUCAACUACAUCCUGGCCGACCACGACGACCAGGAGGUGGUCCUCUUCAACCGGGGCAUGCUGCCCGCCUACUACGGCAUCCUACGCAUGUGCUGCGAGCAGUCGCCCGCCUUCACGCGCCAGCUGGCGUCUCACCAGAACAUCCAGUGGGCAUUUAAGAACCUCACGCCCCACGCCAGCCAGUACCCCGGGGCUGUGGAGGAGCUGUUUAAUCUGAUGCAGUUGUUUGUGGCUCAGAGGCCUGAUAUGAGAGAAGAGGAACUGGAGGAUGUGAAGCAAUUUAAGAAAACAACCAUCAACUGUUACCUUCGCUGUCUGGACGGGCGGUCCUGCUGGACCACCCUCAUUAGUGCCUUCCGUGUGUUGUUGGAGAACGAUGAGGACAGACUGCUGGUUGUUUUCAACCGAGGUCUCAUACUUAUGACUGAGUCAUUUAAUACAUUGCACAUGAUGUAUCAUGAGGCCACAGCGUGUCAUGUGACAGGGGACCUGGUGGAGCUGCUGUCCAUCUUCCUGUCGGUCCUCAAAGCCACACGACCCUACCUUCAGCGCAAAGAUGUGAAGCAGGCUCUGAUCCAGUGGCAGGAGAGAAUUGACUUUGCCCAUAAGCUGCUUACCUUACUCAAUUCAUACAGCCCUCCAGAGCUCCGCAACGCCUGUCUGGACGUGCUGAAGGAGCUGGUGCUUCUGAGCCCUCAUGACUUCCUGCACACACUCGUGCCCUUCCUACAGCACAACCACUGUACUUAUCACCAUAGCAACAUCCCCAUGUCUUUUGGGCCGUACCUGCCAUGUAGAGAGAAUAUUAAGUUAAUGGGCGGGAAAAACAACAUUCGUCCUCCCAGACCAGAGCUGAACAUGUGUCUGCUUCCCUCCAUGGUGGAAACCAGUAAGGGAAAAGAUGAGGUUUAUGAUCAGAUGCUCCUGGACUAUUUCCUGUCUUACCACCAGUUCAUUCACCUUCUCUGCAGAGUGGCCAUCAACUGUGAGAAAUUCACAGAGACACUCAUCAAACUGAGUGUACUGAUAGCAUAUGAAGGGCUUCCUCUCCAUCUGGCCCUCUUUCCCAAACUCUGGACUGAACUCAGUCAGUCCCAGUCUGCCAUGGCGAAGACGUGUGUGAAGCUGUUGUGUGAGGAUCCCGCGUUUGCCGAGUACAUUAAGUGCAUUCUGAUGGAUGAGCGGACCUUCCUAAACAACAACAUCGCCUACUCAUUCCUUACCUGUUUCUUACACAAGGUGCAGGCGCAGGUUUUUUCGGGGCCCAGUUGCUCCAACCUCAUCAGCAUCCUGGUAACAAAUCUGUUGAAUGAGUAUCACAACCUACAACCUGAGCUGACCAAUCAGAGACUAGAGAUCAACAAGACCAGCAGCCACCUGAAUGCAGCUCUGAGAGCGUUGGUGUUGCUGUUGUCGGUGCAUGCUCCACAGCAGUUAGACGCUGCUCUGGCGCCAGCCCUACAGGAGCUGCUGUCAAAGUGCAGAGCCUGUCUUCAGCACCGCACUGCCCUGGAGCAGGAGGCCAAGGACCGCAAGCUUAAAGUGGAUGAUGAGGGUGCCACGCCUGUAAAACGUCGGAGAGUGAGUAGUGACGACGAUCGUCCAGGAGAGGGCAGCAGUGGUCUGGGGGGAGGAGUCUGUCCUCCAUCCUCUUCCUCCUCAUUGGCUCCCUGCUCUGAACAGAAGGCAGAACCUCAGGAGGCUUUGACUCCCACCAGCACGUCCGACACAGAGACUCGUGACUCCUCUCUCAUUGACCCUGGGACAGAACAAGACCCGCCCUCACCAGACAGCUCCUCCCCCAAGGAGGAGAAAAUGGAGGCAUCUUCCUCGUCCUCUUCCUCUUCAUCGUCAUCUCUUCCGGAGGCCUUUAGGCAAAUGGAGGAGGCGUCCCUUCAGCAGGCGGCGGGAACAGCUGCGCGAGGAGAAGAGGAGGAGCAGUCUGAGGAGAGGAGUAAAGAAAGAAGAGACGAAGACGAGGAGGAGGAAGAGGAGCUUGAGAGAGAAGGUGGGACUAAGUCUUGCAGAGGCGCUGCCCCUUCAUCAGAUGAGACUGCACUUUUAGUCUCUGGCUCACAGGAGGCUGGAGAGGGGCGGGGCUGUGUGUUACAGGAGGCGGAGCCCGGCUCUGUCCACACCCCCUCCCAGAGCCUUUUAAGCGCUACGGCACCACAGCUAGACGCCCUUGAAAUGCUGUGCCGGACUGUGGAGGCUACCAUCGCCGUGGUUACCAAACUGUCAAGCGGCGGUGGUGGAAAAGGGCCACGCCCCUCAGCCUCGUGACGUCACUUCCUUGCUUUCUUUCUUUCCUGUUCUUCACAGUUUUGAUUUUUGUUUUGUUUUGUUUUUUUUUUCAAAUCACUUGAUCUUGGCUUCUAGUCUAUCUUUUUAUUUUUAUUUCUCUUUGUCUUUUUUUUCUCUCUCUCUCUCUCUCUCUCUCCUGUUUUUCUACUCCGCUCGGGCUGAGUUGUCAGUGGUUGUGUGCCUGUUUGUAUUGUGAUGCUUCUCUCCUUGCCUGAAUGACAGACAGAGGGAACUCAGCGGUUAUAACAGCAACACACACACACACAAACACACACGCAUAUGUACACACAUGCACACAGACUCUCUCACACACACUUACACAGAGUCAGCCUCAGCAAAACAUAAGCUGAAACGAAUAAUGUUAAAGAAAGACAAGAAUAGCAGCUAUAGCACAUUCUUCUCAAAGGGCAAAAUAUUUUUUUUUUUUUUUUAAACAUUUCUUACAGUUUUGUUUUGAAGUGAUUUUGUUGUUUGUUUGAGCUUGCUGUAAUGUAUUGGGAAAAGGUUUACAGAAUUUUAGUCUCUUCUUCUGUAUGUAAUUUAAUUUUAUUGCAUUUUUACUGUGUGUUAAUUGUCUUCAGUGCCAGUUUUUUGUACUUUAUUACGAGAGGCAAAAAUGUUUGCCUUGCUUUUUUUCUGUGGUCAAUAUCAAAUCUAAGUUUACUUGUACAUUGAAAAGAUGAUGAACCACAAGAAACUUGAUUCUGUUAAGAAUCUUCUAUUUGUGGCCUGGUGUUGUACAUGAUAUUCAGAAAUAUAUAUAUAUUAGAUGUAUGUAUACAGCAUAUAGAC